UUUCUUGAAAUGGUACCAGAAUUGACCAUCAUUCCCGGCAUCGGGUUGUGGCAUGUGCAUGGACAUCAGGACAGCUGCUAUGUCCGAUAUGCGUCAAAUUUCAUUGAAGGCAUUGGCCACAUAGAUGGAGAGAUCAUGGAGACUCUCUGGGCACGUCUCAAC